CAGAAAGCGAGAGGGAAUGAAGGAGAAAAAAAAGGAAUCGGGAGAAGGAAUUGGCAUACCUCCCAAACGCUACUCUAAAUAGGAAGCGCAGAACAGAAUGCAUUCUGGAGAAACGCUGGAAAAUACGACUCGACACUGGAUCAAAAGGGAAAUGGGGAACAGAUGCUCGCGCUCGUUCCCUCCCCUCCUCCCUUUGUCGGUCACACGUAAAAUCCAUCUCCAGUCUGUAAGCAGUCCAGCUAGGGAUUGCCGCUGGUACGGAACGGAGCUGAUUUGAAAAAAGUGCUUUGACUGCAGCGAGGGAUGAGGGGCGACGCUCGUCUUUUCUCCAGACGUGCACAACUAUCAUUCCGACCGACGGAGCCGCAGCGGCGUCGUCGCACCUUUCGCCUGCGGAUUGCCAGCGGAGUCUUUCUGUCUAGGGGGGAAACGAGGCUCAAUGGACGAAACCAACACACCGUGCGAUGAUUUCGAGGGCUUUGUUCAGAUCAUAACACCAUCAAGAAAAGUGACGGCAGCCUACCUACCCACCGCGUUCCGUUACUGAAGGAACCUCGGACACAGUGGACGCGUGACCUCGGUGACGGACAAAUAAGCACUGUUAAAUGUGCAAUAGAAUUGAUCCAGCGCCCGUUGUAUUUGACUUGUAUUUUGAGUAUGGUCUUAUAUUGCGAGCCGUGAAGGCUAUUGGAGAAAUAAGUGUUAAGGGUAGCCAACGGUAUCCUUUCGUCCGGACAAACACUUAUUGAUAUAGUUUGGUGUAAUAGAAGAAGAGAUAAAAUAGCAAGUGUUCUCUUAGAAAGGGACUCAGGAAGACGAUUAUAUUUUUCAAAAGAAAGAAAAUAAACGGACGCAAGUACAUCAACUCAAUUCAAGACGGGAGGUAGUGAGUGAGAGAUGACCCUGGUGCUGUCCAUGAAUCCGUUCUGCGACUCCGCCCCGGAAGCGGACACCGGCCUCCCGCACUUCCAGCCCGUCUGGGAGUCGGAGCGCUGCAGCAAGAGCUGCACUUCCAGCCCCUCGCCACUGGAGUGCGCCGUGGAGCAGCUGGCCAAGGAGCCCCACUGCCGAAGGCUGCCGGAUCACGUGACUGCGUCGAGGAUCGCCUACUUUAAGAGGAAGUACGUGGAGGAUGAGGACCCCCACCUCUGCUUCAGGAACUACUGCCAGACAGUGGCGCCGGUGCUGGAGGAGCGCGCCCACGUGCUGCGGCUGUCCCUGGAGAAGAUGCGCUUCAUCGACGACCCGGAGGCCUUCCUGCGGCGCUCCGUCCUCGUCAACAACCUGCUGCGGCGUCUGAGGGCCGAGAUCCUGCUGCAGAGCGACUGGUGCUUCCCCCCGGGCCCCGCGCCCGGCCCCGCGCCCGGCCCCGCCUGCCCCUGGGAGGCCCCGCCGUCCGGGAGGCCCUGCUUCGGCCCCCCGGCGGGGCCCUACCGCAAGCGAUUCCGCCUGGUCCGAGGAGAGGCCCCCGCCGAAUGCCUGCCGGCCUGCUGCUGCUGCCUGUACGGCGGGCGCUACCUGCGCCUGCCCUUCUCCAUCUACGAGGAGGAGGCGUCGUCCUCUCCUUCCUCCUCCUCCUCCUCCUCCUCCUCUUCCUCCUCUUCCUCCUCGUCGUCCUCCUCCUCCUCGCCCCCCUUCCCUCAGCUGCUCCCGGCGGAGGGCCGGGAGGCUCGGCCGGACUCGGCGCUCCCGGACCCGAACGCGCCCGGGGCGGGCAGGCCCGGCGCGGGGGCCCCCGGCGCCAAGGAGAGGCCCCGGGGCCGGGACAGAACGGCCCCCUGGGACGGGGAGCGGGGGAGCAGGAGGGGAACGGACAGACACGAGCGGGGGGAGAGGAGCUCGGACCCCCCCGCCAACCCCAAGCAGGAAGCAGGCCCCUGGAGCUCGACUGGGAGGAAACUGACAGAGUUGAGAGCAGAGACUGCAGACUUUGCGCUUCCCCCGAGCGAGGAGCGCACGGUGCCUUACUUCUCAGACGUCUGCAGCUCUCCCGUUUCGUUUUCCGCGGUGACGGACGCCCUCUCGCUGUACGGGGCGUUGUCUGCGACGGGGUCUGCCAGCGUUCAGACGAACGAGCCGCACGGAACGCGCGGGCGGCGACAGGGAUACGACCAGCUGCCUGCAUUGGGAGGCUGCACCGUCUACACCAGGAGCCAUCACAAGGUCUGCGCCGGGGAGUCAGCCUAUACCCAGAAACGGCCCUCCGAUGAUGUGUUGGCUGGGGGGAACGGGGGGACGGAAGCCGGGCCUCCCGUUGACGACACGGUGAACCGAGAGCUGCUAAAUAACCGUGAUCAGGAGCGCCUCUGUCUCUGCGUGACUGUGUAG